UGGGCUCCACCUCCCCAAGUGGACUAGAAUCUGCUGUCCCACCUUGUCUGGGGGAUCCCAAGUGGAAUGGAAGGUUUGCUGUGGGUUGCUAUGGAGGAGAGACAUUUCAAAGCCCUUGCUGAAGUCAUCAUGCCGGUCGCUGCCACCAACUCUGAGUCUGCCAUGCAGCAAGUCCUGGACAACCUGGGAUCCCUCCCCAAUGCCACAGGGGCUGCGGAGCUGGACCUGAUCUUUCUUCGAGGCAUUAUGGAAAGUCCCAUAGUGAGAUCCCUGGCCAAGGCCCACGAACGACUGGAGGAGACCAAGCUGGAGGCGGUGCGUGACAAUAACUUGGAGCUGGUGCAGGAGAUCCUGCGGGACCUGGCGCAGCUGGCGGAGCAGAGCAGCACUGCCGCAGAGCUGGCCCGCAUCCUCCAGGAGCCCCACUUUCAGUCCCUCUUGGAGACACACGACUCAGUGGCUUCAAAGACCUAUGAGACACCACCCCCCAGUCCUGGCCUGGACCCCACAUUCAGCAACCAGCCUGUGCCCCCCGAUGCCGUUCGCAUGGUGGGCAUCCGCAAGACCGCUGGAGAGCAUUUGGGGGUGACAUUCCGUGUGGAGGGCGGUGAGUUGGUGAUUGCCCGCAUCCUGCACGGGGGCAUGGUGGCUCAGCAAGGCCUGCUGCACGUGGGAGACAUCAUUAAGGAGGUGAACGGGCAGCCGGUGGGCAGCGACCCCCGUGCGCUGCAGGAGCUCCUGCGCAGUGCCAGUGGCAGUGUCAUCCUCAAGAUCCUGCCCAGCUAUCAGGAGCCCCACCUGCCCCGCCAGGUGUUUGUGAAAUGCCACUUUGACUAUGAUCCGGCCCGAGACAGCCUCAUCCCCUGCAAGGAGGCGGGUCUGCGUUUCAGCGCCGGGGACUUGCUCCAGAUUGUCAACCAAGACGAUGCCAACUGGUGGCAGGCAUGCCAUGUCGAGGGAGGCAGUGCCGGGCUCAUCCCCAGCCAGCUGCUGGAGGAGAAGCGGAAAGCUUUUGUCAAGCGGGACCUGGAGCUGACGCCAACCUCAGGGACCCUAUGUGGCAGCCUUUCAGGAAAGAAGAAAAAACGAAUGAUGUAUCUGACCACCAAGAAUGCAGAGUUUGACCGCCAUGAGCUGCUCAUAUAUGAGGAGGUGGCCCGCAUGCCCCCGUUCCGCCGGAAAACCCUGGUGCUGAUCGGGGCCCAGGGUGUGGGCCGGCGCAGCUUGAAGAACAAGCUCAUCAUGUGGGAUCCUGACCGCUACGGCACCACAGUGCCCUAUACAUCCCGGCGCCCCAAGGACUCAGAGAGGGAAGGCCAGGGUUACAGCUUUGUGUCCCGUGCUGAGAUGGAGGCCGACAUCCGUGCAGGGCGCUACCUGGAACAUGGCGAGUAUGAGGGGAACCUGUACGGCACCCGUAUCGACUCCAUCCGGGGUGUGGUUGCAACUGGCAAGGUGUGCGUGCUGGAUGUCAACCCUCAGGCAGUGAAGGUGCUGAGAACAGCUGAGUUUGUCCCUUACGUGGUGUUCAUUGAAGCCCCCGACUUUGAGACCCUGAGGGCCAUGAACAGGGCUGCGCUGGAAAGUGGGGUGUCCACCAAGCAGCUCACGGAGGCAGACCUGAGACGGACUGUGGAGGAGAGCAGCCGCAUCCAGAGGGGCUACGGGCACUACUUUGACCUCAGCCUGGUCAACAGCAACCUUGAGAGGACCUUCCGUGAGCUCGAGGCAGCCAUGGAGAGGCUGCGCAUGGAGCCCCAGUGGGUGCCUGUCAGCUGGGUGUACUGAGCCCUGCUCCCCGGACCUCGCCUCUCUGGGUUGUGACCCAGAACCCUGAGUCCACCCCCUUCCCCAACUCUGGCCCCCAGCCACUAUCCUUAGCCCCAUCUCCAGCUCUUCCUAAGGCUGGCUUCAGCGUAGAUGCGUGCGCUGCCGGGGGGUGGGUAUUUGUGGGGUACGUCUGUGCCCAGGUGCUGCCCACUCCCUAUGCCCAUUGGCCACCAGAUGUCUCUCUCAGAGCAUGUCAGUCACCUUGAUAAUACUCAGUUCAGAGAAGAGAAAUGUUGCUUUGGGACCUUGUGGUCAGUGGUUCCACUGCCCCCUGCCAGCCGCUCAUCUUCAGUAGCUUUUUCUCUUCUGGACUGGCCAUGCCUAUCCCGUUCCUGGGCCUCCACCUCUCACCCCUGUGUUCUAGGAGCAGGCCUGGUGCUGUUCCCAGGGGAAUGCAUGGCCUACUGGCAGCCAGGCAGGCCCAAGUGGUGGUGACAGCCUGGUGCCAGCCUGAACCUGGAGAAGCCAAAGCAUGAGCCAGCUGCCCCAGCUGCUGUGACACCCGUCUCAUCUCCCUUCGAGUGGGGUAGAGGUCCCAGGAGUGGACACUGCCCUGACCCUCUCUCAUCCACAGCUUUUCACUGCCAGAGUCUCUCUAUAGGCUUCACUGUG